AUGGGUUCCAUCGCUCCAAUGACAGCGGACCAGAUUGCCCUAAUCAAAGCAACUGUACCCGUGCUGGUCGAGCACGGAAACACCAUCACAACUGUUUUUUAUCGCAACAUGCUCGAAGCCCAUCCCGAAUUGAACACCGUCUUCAACACCUCCAACCAAGUCAACGGCCACCAGCCCCGUGCCCUGGCCGGCGCACUCUACGCCUACGCCUCGCAUAUCGAUGAUUUGAGCGCUCUCAGCGCCGCAGUCGAGCUAAUCUGCAACAAGCAUGCCUCACUCUACAUCAAGCCCGAAGACUACAAUAUCGUCGGCAAGUACCUCCUCGAAGCAAUGGGCGAGGUCCUUGGAGCAGCCUUAACCCCAGAAAUCCACGACGCAUGGGGUGCCGCCUACUGGCAGCUCGCAGAUAUCAUGAUAGGCCGCGAGAAGCAGCUCUACGAACAAAGCGAGGGCUGGACCGACUGGCGCGACUUCAAAAUCGUCGACAAGGUCAAGGAAUCCGACGAGAUCACUUCUUUCUAUCUUGCUCCUGUCGAUGGCAAGCCUUUGCCAGCUUUCCAGCCUGGCCAGUAUAUCUCUGUUCAGACAUAUGUACCGGCUCUCAAGUACAGUCAGGCUCGUCAGUACUCUCUCAGUGACAAACCCCGAUCGGAGUACUACCGUAUCAGUGUGAAGAAGGAGACUUUUGUCAACUCGGCUGAUCCUGCUGCGGUCACUCAACCCGGUCAUAUCUCGAAUGUUCUGCACGAUACCCUCAACAAGGGAGAUACACUCCAAGUUUCGCACCCCUAUGGCGAUUUCUUCCUUUCCGCUACCGAGACUGACACCGCUCAUCCGGUUGUCUUGAUCUCCGCUGGUGUGGGUCUUACUCCCUUGACUUCGAUUUUGAACACCUUGACAUCCAAUUGCCCCUCAAAUCGCAAGCUUCACUUUGUGCACGGAGCGCGGAAAUCAGGUGCGCGUGCUUUUAGUGAGCACAUUGCUUCUCUCAUGAAGGAGUAUCCUAACUUGAACGCUACUUUCUUCACAAGUCAUCCCUCCGCGGAGGACAAGGAGGGUGUGGAUUAUCACCAUGCUGGUCGGGUGAACCUUCAGAAGAUUGACAAGAAGGACUUGUUCCUUGAUGAUGCUAAGGCCCAGUAUUUUAUCUGUGGACCUGAGAAGUUCAUGACGGAUAUGGAGUCGCAUCUCAAGGGCCAGGGCGUCAGCACUGACCGGAUUAAGAUGGAGUUGUUUGGCACUGGUGGUGUGCCUCAUUAA